CUCAUCACUCAUCACAAUCAGCCUAACAUCUUUCGAUUUCUCCGUGGAAACGACGGAUUAUUGUAAGAGAGAAGCUUGUGCAUCACGUUUUCCUACGAUGGAUCGUGACUCGCGUUCGUAUUCCUGCGGAGGCUGCGAGAGGACCGAGGGUCGAGCUAUGCCGAUGGAGUAACAAGUGAGCGGCGUUGCCAUGACGACAGAGACUCACACUGUGGCGAUGACAGACCCACAGUUGUCGAACAACAACAACAACAAUAACAACAACAAUAACAACAACAACGAUGGCGAGCCAAAGUACCUGCACAAGAAGUUCAAGAAGAUGGCGACGACCGAGGUUGCACCGAAAUUGGAGCCAAAGAAGGAUACGACGAUCAACGACGGCUCUCCAGAGACCCUCAGGAAGAAGGAUUCUCCCAAAGAGUCGCGGGAGUCGGUCAAAGAUACGAUCAAGGUCGAAACGUCCCUGGAACCAUCGGAUGGAGAACCAACGGAGUCUAGGAAGAGUGGCUACGUGUGUCCUUAUUGCAGACUCUCGUGCGCAAAGCCGAGCGUCCUGCAAAAACACAUCAGAGCGCACACCAAUGAGAGACCGUAUCCAUGCGUGCCUUGCGGUUUCGCCUUCAAAACCAAGUCGAACCUCUACAAACAUUGCAGAUCCCGUGCUCAUGCCUUAAAGAUGGAGGGUGGUGAUGCCAGUAAGGUGUCAGAGGACUCGGAUAUAAGCCUGUCCGACAGCGCAAGUAACGGUACUGGCACACCACCGCCUCCGCCAUCGUCGACACCCACAACAAUCGUGCCCAAUGUGAAAACCAUUAGAACAGGAAAAAUCUACAAGCCAAAAUUUCACACGGCACUGCAAUGCGUCAACAACGACGCGGAAACGUCUUCCCUUUCUUCCACAUCUUCCAGUAACAGUUCUUCCUCAACGGCUUCUAUCGCUGCUUCGAAACCUAAUCCAGAGCAAGUACAGGAGCAUAUUGAUAAAAUUAUCACCGACAACCAAGCGAUCGUCGACGCGGUGGACCCACGUCUUCACAAGCUAAUGCAUAGGCAACAGAGUCUCAUCGAGACGAAGCAAUGCGAUCAGCCGUUGAACCUUUCUUCCGCCGAGGAAUCCGCCUCGAGAAAACGGAACUCAUACUCGAGCAUGGAUAAUCUCGACGCUCAUCGUAGAUACUAUUGUAAGGAAAACACGAUUCCCCACAGAGAGUGCCAACUGGAAAUGGAGAAACGAGAGUCCGAUUUCGAAUCAAAGUCUUCCGAUUAUUACAAUACGUUGCAGCCAUUACCUUCCCCCGGGCCACUUUUAGGUAACACGCGACUCGUCGACGCGUACGCGCCACCCGCGAAAAAACAGAGAUCGGAGUCCGUGCCCACUGGCUUGCGAUCCCUCGAAGAGAUCAACAAGUAUCCUCGACCGAACUCGUUGCAGAUGUUCGGCGGCGAGGUCAGGAUACUGGAUAACACCGGAGAGACAAAAACUAUGAGGAUCGAGCCAAGACAAACAAACUCUCCGACCAGCGAGCACAUCGUGAAUAGUAAGUGCGUUACUUCAGAGACUGCUUCAAUCGUAGUCAGAUCAGGCCUCCACUCAGGAGGAACCAUGGUGCAUAAACCGCCCGGCACGCCAACCAGCAUACCGAACUCUUCCAUAUCUUUGCCGAACACGCCGCAGAUGUUGGCACCGAUCAUACCAAACAUAUCAACUCCGAGCAUAGCCCCCAGUAUGUCGUGCUACAAUUACUUGGAGCCCCACUUAAAUCCCCUGACCAGCAUCACUGCCUACAACCCAUUGACUUUACCCCAGGCAGGAAUGACCAGUAUCCUUCACGGCGGUAAAGUCAUUCCUUAUGUUCCUGGCAUGCCUGGACCACACACUCUGACAUCAGCCACAGACAUAUCCGCGAGUAUAGCGACCGGCAACGCCGGAUACAAAGUGAUCCCAGGUCUACCUGGUCUCCACAUGAUCCCCCAGCCCUUAGACCUCGCCAGUCCGGUGAAAGCACAAACACCAAGCGUACCUGGAAUCCCAGGGCCGAUGACUAGUGGAAAUAUCUCGAUGGUGGGUCAACCGCUGGACCUCGUUAGCCCAGCAAAGGACUCGAAACUCGGCUUCAAAACACCCGGUGGCGACGUCUCGAAGCCUGGAUCAACAAGCCCAAAAGUUCCUAGCGUUAACAAUGAGACCACUUCGACCGAGAAAUAUCGAAGGUUCUUGAGGCCAACGUCUCUUCCAUUGAAACCGGAUACCUUCACACCGAAGAAACAUCACGGGAUCACUCCAACGGCGAACACGCUUCCUCUGAUAAGUCCAGAAACGCCGCGUCCGAAGAAAUCGUACGGACAGCUUUAUUUGAACGGACACGCUUAUACAUAUCUAGGCUUGAAGUGCUCCACAAGAGUGUUUUAUUGCACUCUGAACAGACCACAGCCUAUGUACGUCACCCAACAACAUGGUUUGUCCAUGUACUCGAAUUGGAAGAUAUGCAAAGAAUCACCACCUGACGUUGACAUGGCGCAUUAUGACUCGAGGCAUAGGCCGCUUAAUUAUACCACCGCCUGGAAGAAGCAGGAGGCCAUUCUGACACAUUCCUCGCAAAGGCCGACCACUCCGACGAAUAUGGAUAACGGUUUAGACGAUGACAUGCAAGAGAAAACCAAAAGGGUCAAGAUAUUCGACGGUGGCUUCGAGAGCAACGAGGAUUAUACGUACAUUAGGGGCAGAGGUCGAGGUCGAUAUGUUUGCGAAGAAUGUGGCAUUCGGUGUAAAAAACCAUCCAUGUUGAAGAAACAUAUCAGAACGCACACAGAUGUAAGACCAUACACAUGCGAACACUGUGCUUUUAGUUUUAAAACCAAGGGCAACCUCACGAAGCACAUGAAAUCAAAAGCUCAUUAUAAAAAGUGCGUGGAAUUGGGCAUCGUUCCCGUCCCCACCGCCGUCUGCGACGACAACAUCGACAAAGAAGCUAUUGCUCGGCUAGCGGCGGGCGGUAAUACCGAGGAAUCUUCGGAAGAAGAGGAAGAGAGCGACGGUGAUGAGAGCGAAGAGUCUGGAAGCGAGGAGCAAGAGGCUGCGCAGAGUUUGCUGAGUCUCUCGCAACGGAACACAAACAGGCUUCCAGGACUGCUGCCUUCCGGUAGGCCAACAACUUACCCGUACACCUUAACCUUUCCGACAACCUCAGCACCCACAAGCGUGUCCAUUACCGUGAGCAACGCUCCCUUGGCCGGGCAAGGUGGCAGCACGCAAGGAACAACUGUAGUUCGGAACGAGUUACCCUAUCGCUACUACUUUCCGUCGAGUCGCACCGCUCCGGUAGAAUCGAGGACAACUGUGAUUCAAUCGUCAAAAAAGGAAAACUCGGACCUGGAUGUGGAAGAGGUCGACACAGACUCGCGGAACAGCCUCUCCCAGCCGAUGGAUCUGACGACGAAACCGACUUUGCAACCGCUGCCUUGCCCCAUUCCUCAGAGGGCGAUGCCUGCGGACAUUCUGACCCCCGUCUCGGAGCCCAUCCUACUGCAGACGAUCGUCCAAACGAUGGAAAGAUUACCGAUACAAGGGAGGGAAUGGAAACCGAACGCCGAGGGGCACAUGCUGCAAGCGUAUCUGACGGAGAGACACGUUAUGGACAGUAAAAUUAAGCAACAAUAUAGGGUCGGGAACACGAAGCUGGAGAAACAGCCGAAAGAAAGAGACUUCUAUGUGAGGCAGCUUUCGCCGAAACCAAGGAGCAUGCAAUCGAAUAAUGUCUCCACAUUGACUUACACCGCCUCUAGCAAGAUGCAGCAGACCGUCGUGGAUUCGAAAAUCAAGCACGUAUCGAAGCACACCACGGAUGAAAUUAAAAUGGAGAUCAGAGAGAAAAUUUAUCAGAAUAACGUAGAGCGACGAUCUUUCGACAUAGAGUCGAUCCACAAGGACAACGAACAGGGAAACCGAGAGAUCACCGAAAGGGACCACUUCGAGCAUGAUGCAAUGAAUUCUGUCAACUCGAAGCUAAGCAUAGAGUAUGCUGUUGUACCCACGAGUAACAACUGCACGGAAAGAGCAGGUUAUUCUGUAGAAUCGCCUAGCACAAAUACGCCGCAGAACAUGGACUGUCACUCUCCGAAACCGUUUAGCUUCGACGCUAACAAUCGGCAGCUGUCGAUUCCACACAUAAACAACGAAAUCGACAGGAGUUCGGUGUUCAGUUCGAUGAAAACGAUGAACGAAUUGGAUAGACAAGAGAUCAGACCGAGCAGUCACGAAAUUCGAACCGUGUCGACAGAUCUGCGAAUGCAGAAUCAGAGUCCACGGAAUUUGGACAUCAGGCCGCCCAGCCGAGAAAUGCGACCGCCGAGCCAGGACUAUAGAGGACAGAUGCAGGAAUUACGGCCUCCCACUCAAGAGUACAAGUUGUGCAGACAAGAACUGAUACCUCCUAGUCGAGAAUUCAAAUCUCUGAGCCACGAUCUACGAUCGAAUCAGGAACUAACCCCCUUGAACAAUAAGGAAAUGCGCCAAGUCAACGUAGACAACAGACCUCCGAGCAGAGAUAUGAUUUUGAUGUCCGAUUAUAGGCAUGCUCAGACCCAAGAGCCGAGAGUGAAUUUUGAAAUGAUGCCGUUAACGUUGCACGAAGCGUCCAAAAUGCAAGAAGCCACGAGAUCGCAGAACGUGGACAUGAGAAGCAUAGAUCGCGUGGAGAUGAAACACACGGAACUGACGAAACAGACCAUAGCGGAGAGCAUUAAACAUACUGUGGCUAGGAAAAUGGUUGUCGGAGGCCCGGGCUUCAGGUCACCUUCGCCUACCGCGGGAAAUACAAAACCACAAGCUGAGUUCUUGCAGCCUUCUAGCGGACCUGCGCCCAAUUAUGUCAGUUACAGUGUGACUGAAGAUGGAAGAAGCGUCUGCGGCAUUUGUAACAAGGUGUUCAGCAAACCUAGUCAGUUACGGUUGCAUAUCAACAUUCAUUAUUUCGAGAGACCAUUCAGAUGCGAAAGUUGUGCUGUUUCUUUCCGAACCAAGGGUCAUUUGACAAAACAUGAAAGAUCUGUUUCGCACCACAAUAAGGUCAGUAUGACUUCAACUUUCGGAGCUGCAACGACCAGCAAUCCUAGGCCAUUCAAAUGUACGGACUGUAAAAUAGCAUUCAGAAUACACGGACACUUGGCGAAACAUCUUCGCAGCAAGAUGCAUAUUAUGAAAUUAGAAUGUUUAGGUAAAUUACCGUUUGGAACGUAUGCGGAAAUGGAAAGGUCUGGUGUCAAUUUGAAUGACAUUGAUACUACCGACUGUGAUAAUAGUCUUACUAGUCUUCAGAUACUGGCUCAAAGACUUUGCGAGAAAGAUCCUAGUAAAAUAGGUCACUGGGAUUCUGAAACGAUUCCGAGUCAAGGUAUUAGCGGCGGCGAAACUUCCUCGGACGAAGGUGAACCUAUACUACAACAACAUGCAAUGCAGCCAUGCCCCGUAAAAGUGACUACAGACGCAGACAUGUCUCGACCAUAUCAUGUGCCAAUCACCAACGAAGAUCCAAAGUCUGAUGUUUUCCUUGAGAAUCCUCAAUUCAAUCAGCAGGGACGCGAAUAUAUUGCAAAAGAUAGGCUAAAUGAGUCUACACUUCCAAUGGAGGACGCAAUGCUGGAUAAAAGCAUACAAUUAUACAAGUGCCAAAUUUGCACAGCGUCUACGCGUACCAUGAACGAAUUUCAAGUACAUUGUUUUGUUGAACAUAAUAUUGAAUCGGAUUCUAGUACAAAUAUACUAGGGGAUAGGGGUGUGAACAAAUGUAUGGAGAAAGAAAAUACUCAGAAAAAAAUUACAGAAGAAUUUAUAGUUAAGGAUGAUCACAGUAAACAAAAAACUGAAGACACGUAG